GAAGCGAGAGCCGAGCGGCGGCGGCGGCGUCGGCAGCGGCAGCGGUAGCGGCAGUGGCAGUGGCAGCUGAUUGUGUUCACUGGGUGCGGAGGGGGGAAGACGUUUGCUCUCCCGGAACGGACUUUCUCAUUCCUUUCCUUCGGUUCCGGGCGCGGAGAAUCAAGGCGGCAGCGGCGAUAGUAGCAGCAGUACCAAGGGCGGAGGUGGCGGCGGCGGCGGCGGCAGCUGCAGUGACAUGUCCAGCAUGAAUCCCGAAUAUGAUUAUUUAUUCAAGUUACUGCUGAUUGGAGAUUCCGGUGUUGGAAAAUCUUGCCUUCUUCUUAGGUUUGCAGAUGAUACAUAUACAGAAAGCUACAUCAGCACAAUCGGUGUGGAUUUUAAAAUAAGAACCAUAGAGUUAGAUGGGAAAACAAUUAAACUUCAAAUAUGGGACACAGCAGGCCAAGAGAGAUUUCGAACAAUCACUUCCAGUUAUUACAGAGGAGCCCAUGGCAUCAUAGUAGUGUAUGAUGUGACGGACCAGGAAUCCUUCAAUAAUGUAAAACAGUGGCUGCAGGAAAUAGAUCGUUAUGCCAGUGAAAACGUCAACAAGUUAUUGGUAGGGAACAAAUGUGAUCUGACCACAAAGAAAGUAGUAGACUACACAACAGCAAAGGAAUUUGCAGAUUCUCUUGGAAUUCCAUUUUUGGAAACCAGUGCAAAGAAUGCAACAAACGUAGAACAGUCUUUCAUGACAAUGGCGGCUGAGAUUAAAAAGCGAAUGGGCCCUGGAGCAACAGCUGGGGGUGCAGAGAAAUCCAAUGUUAAAAUUCAGAGCACUCCAGUCAAGCAGUCUAGUGGAGGUUGCUGCUAAAAUCUGCCUCCCUUCUUUUCUCACAAUGAAUUUGCAAUCUGAACCCAAGUGAAAAAACAAAAAAACAAAAAAACACAAAAAAAAAACACAAAAAAAAAACAAAAUUGCCUGAAUUGUACUGUAUGUAGCUGCACUACAACAGAUUCUUACCGUCUCCACAAAGGUCAGAGAUUGUAAAUGGUCAAUACUGACUUUUUUUUUAUUCCCUUGACUCAAGACAGCUAACUUCAUUUUCAGAACUGUUUUAAACCUUUGUGUGCUGGUUUAUAAAAUAAUGUGUGUAAUCCUUGUUGCUUUCCUGAUACCAGACUGUUUCCCGUGGUUGGUUAGAAUAUAUUUUGUUUUGAUGUUUAUAUUGGCAUGUUUAGAUGUCGGGUUUAGUCUUCUGAAGAUGAAGUUCAGCCAUUUUGUAUCAAACAGCACAACAGUGUCUGUCACUUUCCAUGCAUAAAGUUUAGUGAGAUGUUAUAUGUAAGAUCUGAUUUGCUAGUUCUUUCUUGUAGAGUUAUAAGUGGAAAGAUUACACUAUCUGAUUACUAGUUUCUUCAUACUCUGCAUAUAAUUUGUGGCUGCAGAUAUUGUAAUUUGUUGCACAAUAUGUAACAAACAACUGAAGAAAUGUUUAAUAAAUAUUGUACUUAUUGGAAGUAAUAUCAAACUGUAUGGUGAUAAGUAUUGUCUUAAUUCUUAUGGUUAAGGGGAAAUACAGGCUUGCAUUGUGCUCAAAACAGCCAUUUAUGUUCAACCAGGGCACUUUAGACCUAUUUUAGAGUAGCAACAACAAUGCUUCCCAGCUAAUAUACCUGAUAAAUGAUGCAGCAGUGCAGGCAUGUAUACGUACAGGGAUUAACAGAUUUGGUUUGAAGGGAGAUUAAAGUGGUAUUUAUGGAAAUCAAGUACAUUUUGAAUGUACAAUAUUUAGUCUAUUAUCUCUGAUCUUUAAACCAUUUUUAAAUGGCUUUAUUUAGAAAUGCUUUUGUUAAUUCAUCUGUAGUAGAGAUGGAAAACUGUAUCUUUUUCCUAACCUGUGAAUGAUCAGACUAACAAUUCAAGCUGAUGUAAUUUAGCCAGUAUGUGCUUUUUUUUUUAUAUACUGUUACUUCCAUAUUCUGAAUCAAAUACUGUUUCAACUUUAUUAAAUAAGUUUAGUGCACUAUCUUCAAUAAUUAUUCUGCCCUUCAUAAACUAUAGCUAUAUAACUUGUGUUUGGGGAUAGUUAAAACAUUGAAGAAGCUGAAAGUAGGUUUUCUCUCAUUAGUUGAUAGCCCUUACUUACCUGGAAACUAAUACCCUAAAAAAAUGAGUUAAAACCAUUUAUGGCUGGGUGGGAAUGAUAAAAGGAAGUAUUUGCCUGGGUGAAUUUUUGCACCCACAUGAAAACUUAAGUGUCAAGAAGAUCUUGGGUGGUUGGUUUUUUUUUAAGUGGGUACUGAAUCUUUGUUUUCCCCUAAACACUUUCAUUUAAGAUAUUUUUUCCUUUAGUGUUUGUUUCACAAUAGCCAAAACACUGUACACAAACACAUCCCUAUGGUGAAGUCUUCAAACUUAAUUCAGGGGUUAAAAUACAAUUAAAAGCAACCCUUAAAAUA